GCGCGAUGACGUAGCAGCGCCGGCGCACUUUGCGGCGACGCCGAGGCUCUGCUGGGUCUGCGGGCGGAGAUGCAAAUCUCCAAAGUAUAUGCGUUUGAUGCUUUCAGUGUUACUUUCUUUUUUAUUAGGAUUAUUGAGGUCUUCACCUUCUAACUGGAAAAAGAUGGUCAACGUCUUGAAAGGAGUGCUUAUAGAAUGUGAUCCUGCCAUGAAGCAAUUUCUACUAUACUUGGAUGAGUCCAAUGCCCUGGGGAAGAAGUUCAUCAUUCAAGACAUCGAUGAUACUCAUGUCUUCGUAAUAGCAGAGUUGGUUAAUGUCCUCCAGGAGCGCGUAGGUGAAUUAAUGGACCAAAAUGCUUUUUCUCUUACCCAGAAGUAAAAUAUUUGAUAUUGACUGUUUAGGAAUUAUAAGCAACAAAUAAGAAAGACUGCCCCCCACCUACUUUCAGUACCUUAUGUGGCUGAGGAGCAUGCUGUGGGAAAGACUGUAAUCAUUUGUUCAGACAAAAACCCCUGAACUAAUUUUUGUUGUACUUCAGAAUUUUUUUUAAAAAAGCUUUAUCAGUUGACUGUAAUUUGACUUUUAUUAUCCUUUAAUAAAAUAAAAACAUACAUGUUUUUCCUGC